CCAUACAAAAAAGACAAUGUAAUAAUAACUGAAGACUAAAUUAUAACUUUAGAGAGUAUGAGUUUAAAAAAUAUAAUAAUAAUAUACUUUUACAAUUAUUGAAAGAACUUGAAAUGUUUAGAGUUUUAAUUAAAAGUUAUUUUUCCCAAUUUAUUAGUCUGAAUGCAAAAUAUUUACGCGUGGAAACUGUGGAGGAGGUGUCAAUUAGGCCAGAAGCACAUGGCCCUACCUUGACAUUUUCAUAUUCCACAACCCUCACUACUUAUAGAACUCCUCCUAUGUAAUCCUAUGUCCAUUCACUCAUUCAUUUCAAAUCCUUUCUUGCUUCCAUUACUUCCUGCAAAAAGCUUCACCCAACUUCCUCUUCUUCUUUCAAUUCUGCGUCUUCAGUUCCCAGUAUUGUACCAUCUUGUCCUAUAGUCCUAAUUUGUUUUCUUUCUUAGCACCUGAAACCAUGCUCAAGAAUGAUCCUGUAACGAUGGCUACCAUCACUGCAAACAGCAGCCUCCAUCAGUUGAGAACUUCAGCUUCUGAGAGCAGAAACAACCACCAACGUGAUGCUUUCAUCUCUUCAUACUUGAACAGCAAUGAAGAGAAAGUUGCAGAGUCAGGGAGGCAUGUUAGGAAUUCUCUUACCAGCAAUAGGUGGGAGCAUCUCCAUCUUCAAGUUCAACUAGCAGAAAAGAAGGAAGAAGAUGGAGAUAUUGGAGUCUUUGAAGCUCGUAAGUACUUCAAUGGAGGAAUGGAUCAUGACAGUCCCAGAGUUGCUAAUGCUAACGUGCCUGCAAGGCAGUACCAGUAUCAUAAAGAUGAAGAUCACAGAGCUCUAGAAACCCGGAAGUCCAAUAAACCCCACUACGGAACUCCAAGCGUUCGAUCUGAAUCAAGUUGGAACAGCCAGAGUAAACUAUUACCGAAUGCUCAGCGGAUCUCUUCCAGGAACAGGAACAGCAAGAUACAGAGAAAGAGUUUUCUAGCUGGUCUUGGCUGCAAAUGCGCCUGUGCUGAUGAUAAUUCUGUUGAUAUCAGUGACCAUAACCAUAAUCCUACUUAUGGUGUUGUCCAUAGCAAAGGAUCUCACAAAAACAACCUCUUUAAAGCUGGCCAAGAUGCUGAUUAUUCAGUUAAGACAAACAAGCCUCGUGAAGAACUCUUGUGCAAUAAAGAUGUUUGCUUCAAAAAGCCAGAUUUAGCAAUCUCAGCUGUGAACUCUGGUCUAGAAGAUCAGCUGGUGAAUAUGAAACUUCAGCAGAAGGAAGAAGAGAAGCCAAGGAAAUCACUGGAGGUAUUUGGCUCCCCAAUAUUGAAUAACAGGAGAUCUUUGACCUUUGAUAAAAGGCUUACAAGGCCCUCUUGGGAUGCUGCUGCUGCUGCUGCACCUAAAGUGGAAGAAAUUGACAUUUUUGAAGGAAAUUACAAUGAUACUGAGAGUGAUGCAAGUUCAGAUUUAUUUGAGAUUGACAGCCUUACAGGUAAGACCAACCACUUCCUUAAUAGACAGACAUCAGAAGUUGCUUCUGGUUGUGCCUCCCCUACAACUUGUUAUGCACCAAGUGAGGCAAGCAUAGAAUGGAGUGUGGCCACUGCCAGUGCUGCAGAUUUUUCUGUCCUGUCAGAUAGUGAAGAACAAAGUGCAGUGGCCACCAUACCGGCAAAAACAGCGUAUACAUCACCAGCUGGAACAACAAAAGCUAGCAGAGAGAUGCAAAGGAGACAUUCUAGUACGCUGAUGGGCUGCAAGAGUCAUAAGGCUGUGAGGGUGUCUGGGGAUGCCUUCAUAACCUUUGAAAAACCUAAUUAUAGCCCGCUAAUUCGUCGCAGGUCUGAUACCUUGGCUCAGGUGACAAGGUUCAAGACAGAUACAAAGAUGGGAAAUUUUGGUGCCAUUCAUGGGCAACAUGCUUAUGCCCGACCCCCACUUCAACGUUCAUACUCAUCACAUGUUUCACAACCCCUGUACAUUUAGCAGUAGUUUGAAUUAACUAGCGGUUAGGACUUAAGUUAUGCAUUUUCACUUGGUGUAUUUGAGUUCUAAAUCUGGUUGCUAAAAUAGUUUUAAAUCUCUUAAAACCUUGUAAUGUUAUUUUGUUUGCAUUGAUAUAUAUAAAUACAUAUUGCCCAUCA